AGGCGCGAUCGGCGCGCUCGGGAGGCGGCGGCGGCGGCGGCACCUCCCGUCGGCCUCCGUCAGAACUGACGGCGGCGCGACCGCAGGCAGGUCAUUCUUUCCUAGAAGUGCUAGAGAGUAAGAAGGCAAAAAUGAGGGUAGCAGGAGCCGCAAAGUUGGUGGUAGCCGUGGCAGUGUUCUUACUGACCUUCUAUGUUAUUUCUCAAGUUUUCGAAAUUAAAAUGGAUGCAAGUUUAGGAAGUCUAUUUGCCCGAUCUGCGUUGGACUCAGCCAUUCGCUCAACGAAGCCUCCCAGGUACAAAUGUGGGAUCUCAAAAGCGUGCCCGGAGAAGCAUUUUGCUUUUAAAAUGGCGAGCGGAGCAGCCAAUGUAGUAGGACCCAAGAUCUGCCUGGAAGAUAAUGUUUUGAUGAGCGGUGUGAAGAACAAUGUUGGGAGAGGGAUAAAUGUUGCCCUGGUGAACGGGAAAACGGGAGAUGUGAUAGACACCAAAUAUUUUGACAUGUGGGGAGGAGAUGUGGCACCAUUCAUUGAGUUUUUGAAGACCAUACAGGACGGGACAGUAGUGUUAAUGGCAACGUACGAUGAUGGAGCAACCAAACUCACGGAAGAGGCACGGCGACUCAUCGCCGAACUGGGGAGCACAUCCAUCACCAGUCUUGGCUUCCGAGAUAACUGGGUCUUCUGUGGUGGCAAGGGCAUUAAGACAAAGAGCCCCUUCGAACAGCACAUAAAGAACAAUAAAGACACAAACAAGUACGAGGGGUGGCCCGAGGUGGUCGAGAUGGAAGGAUGCAUCCCCCAGAAGCAAGACUGACGGGCACCGGAGGCGAGGACAAACGCACUUCGAUUCUGUGGGAGAGCUGUCAAGCAGCCGCGCGGUGUACAUAUUUCAGUAGCAUGAGGCCGUCCAGGGUGUGCAUGAGCAAGACCAUGAUGCCAGGAUUAUUUAUUGCUAACAGAAAUGGCUACCUUUGUAAAUAGACCUCAUUGAGCCAAUCACUGAACUCUUUGUAAGCACAUUUCCCCCAAAGUCCAGUGUUUAGACGACAGUGGCAAUAAUGUAUUCAUUCUAGUAGUCAGUGGUAACCAGGCAGCUUGUAUAGGACAUUGAUAUUUACCCUGGUUGCUGUGAAACCCUAUCCAUGGAAUAACAUGGCUUUUAGAAAAGGAGGAGAUUUUGUUAUAUGUGUCUCUGUAUAAAUAUCUGGCAUGUGCUGAGAGUAUCCUUUAAAUUAAAGAGAUUUUUGGCUAGUUGUAUAUGUACUGUUACCCUACAGUCUGACUCAUGUUGUAUCUGUUCACAGUCUUUAUUUUUUUUUCCCUUCCAAAGAAAUCCAGAAAUAAAAACUUUUC